GCGGCUGCAGGCAGAAGAGACAGACAGGGAGAUACUGACCAUCACAGCAGGAGAUCAGUGGACUUAACUCUACCUCCAGUUACCCACAGUGCUCUUAAAUUACUUCAUAUCAAAGAGAAGAAUGGGACUGCACAGUGUUGAGGAACUGGUGACCGGUAAGAGGUCAGAGGGCAAAGAAGCAGACGACUUCCAAGGGGGCGUGUACGAGGCAUCUGUCAAUCAAGAGAAACAGGAUGACCACAGGUCCCACACCGAGCUGGGAGUGGGUGAAGGUCUGUCAGAGGAGAGCGACAGUGGCAGCGAACAGGAGGAAGUCAGCGUAGCAGCUCUCAAUACGGAUAAAAGUGGCAGGCUGAAGUUGGAGACAGUGGAUGAUCUGUUCAACAUCCUUCAGCUGAGGAAGAGGAGGAGAGAAAGGAAGACUCCUAUCCAGAGGAAACAACAGCCAGAGCCUGAGAUCAUGCCAGAGACUGUGGAUGAACAGUUGUUCCUGACAGCAGCCAUGGAGAACAAACUACCUGUGGUGGAGAAGUACCUGACUGAUGGAGGAAACCCUAAUGUAGCUGACCAUUUCCAGAGAACAGCCCUGCACAAAGCCUCAUUCAAAGGACACAUGGAGGUCAUGAAAAGACUCCUGGAGGCCGGAGCUGCCAUUGAACAAAAAGACAAGCUAGAGGCUACGGCGGUUCACUGGGCCUGCAGAGGAGGCAACCUGCCAGCCCUGCAGCUCCUCCUGGACCAAGGAGCCAAGUUCACCUCUAGAGACAAGUUGCACAGUACUCCUCUCCAUGUUGCUGUGAGGACAGGACACUGUGAGUGUGCUGAGCACCUCAUUCACUGUGGAGCAGACGUCAACGCCAAAGACAGGGACGGAGACACACCCAUGCACGACGCUGUCAGAAUAAACAGAUUCAAGAUGAUCAAACUGCUGAUGAUGUACGGGGCCAGUCUGAACACCAAGAACUGUGAUGGAAAAACUCCAAUGGAGACACUGUAUUCGUGGCAGAAUGGAGCAAAGAGCCUCCUGUGUAAUUUCAACGAGGAGAAGCCCGACAAAUAGGACCUAACACGGUCCAGCGAAAGCAGAAAUUCAACAUGAGAUUCAGGCACAGGAUCUGCUGGCUUAUCGGGAAAAAGAAAAGUGGUAGAAAAGGGAAAAAUGUUGUUCUUUUCUGGUCCAGUCUAUCACUUCUAUACUGAGGUUUGUGAAGAAUAUGGGUCUUCUCUUCAUAUCUGUUUAACCAGGGAGGCUUUGCAGAGUGUUCAUGCUUGUUUUCAGUGAACACCCAUGCAUUCAGACUUUCUCACAUUCUGACAGGCAAUUAUUGACCCCACCCUCAGGAAAUAAUAUUGUUAAGUCUACAGCUGGCUCAGCCAAAGUAUUUGCAUGCUGCAGCAUAUCUUAACAUUUGUCAUUAACUUACCUCUUCCUGGUUCAGUUAUUUGAACUAGCAACCUUCAAGGCUGUUUUACCUGUAAACCACUGGCAGGCUUACGUUGUCUCAUGUGAUAUGUUAAUUACAUCUUGUGUCAUGUGAGGGAAGAACUUUGCAAAAAGCAGCAGGGACGUGAAGGAGCCUUUAUAAACAAUGUGAAAUCUAAUCAGGAUGUUGAUAACAAUGUGUUCAACACUGAUAGAUUCAUUGAUCGCCAAAUAUUGCUGGACAAUGUCUCGGCUGACAACGCGAAGACGUUUCGUUUUUUUCUUUUUCCUUAAUUUUUACUUUAAGCUGAGUUGAAGUCAGCGAUACUGCAUCGAGAAGAUGACAUAUUUAUUGAUUAUAGGUAACCGCCAUAAAUCGAUUUAUCGGGUUUGAUUGAUUUAUUUCAUUACCAUACACUUCAUAACCGAGUGACUGAUUGUCUAGAGUUAUACUGUAGCUAAUUAUAAAUUACUUAUUUGUAUAAAAUGACUCCAGCUCAGUGUGUAAGGUUGUAAAAGGGGGGAACUGAGCCAUCUUUUGUUGGUAGUUGAUGUGUGUUGUUAUACUUAAACAUUCAGACGAGUUUUCACCAAAUUCUUUGGUCUUAUGCAUUUUAAAAUUGAGAGAUGUGACAGGAUGAAGUAAGUUUUGGAUCAAGUUGAAAAGAAACUCUCUACUCACAGAUUUACACUUUGAAUCUGUACGACUUUAAUUCAUACAGGGAAACUUACAGCUGAGCAAGUGUGCUCAAUAUUUGCACUUUUCCUCACUUCCACUUGCCUCUGUCUGCUGUAAUAAAACUGUAGUUUAUUAUUUGUUACAUUUUAUUAUUUCUGCUACCAAAAACUGUCCAAACUUUCUUUUACAGAAACUCAGUUUGAGCAUCUGGGAUCCAAACAAUUUAUUCAAGGUUCAACUGACCCCAGCUCUAGAUAUUUUGGGAAUUUCUGUUCCAGUUGAAAACACACACACACACACACACACACACACACACACACAAGAGUGUGAGAGGGAAGGGACAGAAAAGACACUGUUGGUUCAGAGGAUGUUUGAAAAGUGUUAAUUUGGGUUAAACAAGUCUUGAUAUAUGAAUGGUGAUCAGAUUUAUUUUUUAUUGUUGAAGAUGUAUGUACAUUUUGCCUUGUAUUUAAGGAUUGACUGAAUAAAACUGAUUUUGAAUUGAA